AAUUGGCAAUGACUUGACUUAAAGGUUGACUUGGCUCUCUAUAAAUUUCUCAAACUUAAACCUUUUUCCAUCAUUCCCAAAGCCAAACCUGCUUUACUUCUACAUCUCAUUUUCAUCAACUUUUUGCUAAAAAAUAAUCCCCACAGCUUGAAAAUGAAGAAAGUGGUGUUGAAAUUGGAGCUACACAACGAGAAAUGCAAACAGAAAGCCAUGAAGAUAGCCUCUGGUCUUUCAGGGGUUGAGUCGGUUUCAAUAGACAAGGACCAUAAAUUGACAGUAACAGGAGAUGUGGAUCCAGUUAAGGCAGCGCAGAAAUUAGGCAAGUUAUGCCAUACUGAAAUAGUUUCGGUCGGACCGGCAAAAGAGCCGGAGAAGAAGAAAGAAGAGCCCAAGAAAGAGGAACCAAAGAAACCAGACCCGUAUACAAUGAUAUAUCACCCAUUUACAGCUCAAUACUACACUCCGGCACCCAAUUAUUAUGCUUGCUGCACACCUGUCGAGGAACAUUCACCUGGUUGCGUUAUUUCCUAAAGUUUUGGUUUUUUAAUUAUCAAAUUCAUAUUUUUAUAUGAAUGAAGAAGAAAAACACAACUCUUUUCUCCCUUUCCGUACGGUAUGGUGGGUUUACUGUUAAGUUUUUGGGUUUUACAGAAUACAGAUGCUGUAAUUUCUUAGUAAUGGGAAAUUAAAUUACUAUUUUCGGAUAUUUUAUGAUUGUGAUAGUAAAUUUUUCUUUUUAUUUGUAAUUUAUACAUUCUAUCAAUUUAGUCAUAAUAAAACAAAUUUAAUAUAA